GCUAAUUCAUACGGUAGAAUCAGCUGAUUGUCAAACUAGCGCACAUAGAUUGAAGGCGGCAGUGAAUGGUUGUUCAUAAACAGAUUUUAAUAAAUAGUAAUUUUUGUACUCAUAAUGUCUACAGCAGUAGUGACCCGUAAGUUGGAUGUAGUCGAACGACUAGUCAGUGAAAUUUCGAAUUGCGCCGAACAGGCACUCACCAAAAAUGGCGUUUUUCGUGUGGGACUCUCAGGAGGCUCCAUGGUAAGCUUCUUAUGCGAAGCUAUUCCACGAAUAAAUUCUGACGUGAGCAAAUGGAAAAUUUUCUUCUGUGAUGAACGAUAUGUUGACGAAACAGAUCCGGAGUCUACGUAUGGUAUUUACAAAGCAACACUGGUGCCACAAACCGACAUACACGUACAACAAUUUGUACCUAUUAACUUGAACUUGCCACUGGACGAAUGUGCUGCCGAUUAUGAGCGGAAGAUAAGAGAAGAAUUUAACCUAAGUGCUGAAAGUAUUCCCGAAUUUGAUUUGCUGCUUUUGGGAAUGGGGCCUGAUGGGCACACCUGCUCGUUAUUUCCAAAUCAUGCAUUGCUUAAUGAGAAAACUCGUUUGAUUGCGCCCAUCGCAGAUUCACCCAAACCGCCGCCAGAGCGGGUCACCAUGACCUUUCCGCUUAUCAACAAUGCCAAGUGUUGCAUUUUUGCUAUGUGUGGCUCAGGCAAGGCGGAAAUUGUAAAACGAGUAUUUGUCGAUAAAGAAGAUCUACCAGCUGGCAAGGUUUUACCCAAUAAUGGUAAACUACUUUUGAUAUUGGAUGCUGAAGCGGGAAGAUAUAUCCGGUAGUUUUGGCAGUUAUUAUGAAUAUGCACAAUAUACUCGUACAUACAGAAGGCUUAAAAAUUGAAUCAAACGCAUUUCCAUUAGAAUAAGACAAAGGUGAUUGAGUUGUGCUUUGCAUUCCUUAAAUAAUGUAAAUACUGUAUUUUCAAUAAAAUAGUCAUGCAUUUGCAUGAUCACAUGUA